CGCCGCCAAGGGCAAGGGCGGCUCCAAGAAGAUCAAACACAAGUCCAUGGACCGGAACUCAAUCCAGGACAUGCCCCUCACGGAGAAGGCGAGGCUCAGUCGCCUCCAGCAGCUACGGACAUCGCUGCAGCAGGCUGGGGCAUCCGAUGCAGCCCUCGGCUUCAUCGAUGCGGACAUCACUGCGAUCCGCCGCGAGACGAUGGUCGACACCCGGACGCUCGACGAGCAGCUCGCAGGCAUCACAGGGGCAAUCACUCGAACGGAACGCCGUGCACAAGCAACCCGGGACGCCAUGGCGCAAGCCCAGGCCGAGCUCCAGAAGGAGGAGGAACAGCUGGCGCGCCACCGCCAGUCUUUGGCCGAUGUCCAGGCGAAGAUCCGCCGCGAGGCGGGCCGUUCGUCGUCUUUUCCGCCAGUGGCGGGCGCCGCCACGCCUUGGGUCGCCAGUGCCCUGCAGGACACGGCCAACUGGCUCCGGGGGAACACGGACAAGCAGGCGCAGCCCGGGGAGGUCGCCACGUGGCUCGAGAACCUCACCCAGACUCUAUCGCCAUCACCGCCAUCCCCAACCUCACAGACACAGACGCCGACCGUUGCCUACAGCGCCCAGAUCCCGAACCACUGGUGCGAGCGCCGCCGGGGCCCAGACGGAUGGCUCUACUCCCGGGAGCAGUUCCACAGCUGGUUCGGGGCGGAGGCGGGGGAGGAGAUCUGGGAUGCGGCCCUCGACGCGAGGAUGACAGACCAGACCGAGAGGACAGCAGAGGAGAUCUCCGUGGGGGAGGACUCCGAAGAAAUGGAGACGGACCUCAAGGAGGAGCACGUGCAGCGGAACCAGGACGUCCUGGCGGAGGUGAGCGACUCGUUCACGCCCGUCACCGGCCGCAGGCCCCUGCGGACCAAGCAGGGCGCCCCCGAGAUCUCACCGCACGCGCCCCCCCGCGCCACAGCUGGGGGAGCCCGGGUCGACAGCGCCUCUGGCAGACUUCACGGGAAGCAGUCCGCUGACUUUGGGCAAAGAUGGCUUUGCCUUGCUUCGGCCAACGUCACCACGCUCAGCCCCGCUGAGUACAGGAAAAAUGCGAAGGCCGGCGUCGACUCCACCAUCCGCAUCGACUACCUGGAUGACCUCUUUCACCGCCACAGGCUCGACAUCAUCUUGAGCAAGACCAUGAUUACCACCAGGCUCAUGCUACGCUUCGGCAGCGCGCCGGGGCUAGAAAAGCGACCGCCCAGAAUGAAGUUCGACCCCUUCCGGUUGGAGGACCCUGGUUGCGUGGCCGCCUCCCGGGGGGCCGUCUCUUGCCUGGCCGACGUGGUCCAGGCAUCUUGGUGGAGCUCCACCGACGAGUACCUCGAAUUCAUGUCGAAGGAGUUUUAUAAGCUGCAACAGUUCAACUUCGCUGCACCGGCACCCAAGCUACCGCGCAAGCCGCGGCUCUCGCAGGGCACCUGGGCCAUGGUCAAGACGACGCCCAACGUUCGCACGGCCUACCUUCAGGCCACCAGAGCCGCGAAGACAGCCACCCUGCAGUUCUUCUUCCAGGCCUGGUCCAAGCCUGCAGGCAGAGCCACAUCCGACCUCCGAGGCGUGGAAUGGCACAGGGCGCAUUGCCAAUGGGGACCUGUAGCCACACAUGCAAAAACCCACUCUUGCACCGUGAAGGACAAGGUCAAGGCAGACCGCGGGGCCUGGACUUCGGCUCUGGCCCAGGAAGCCGCAGCCGCUGCCGACCGCGGCGACGCGUCCACGCUGUACCGCAUCGCCAAGCAGCUGAGACAGGGCCAGAGGCCCAAAGGCCAUUCAUCCUUGAUCACUGAGAACGGCACGCUGCUCUUCGACCCAAAGGACAUCGCCGCCGACUGGCUUGCGUACUGGGCUGGCUUGUACAAAGGGCAGGUCACGACCGUGGGUCAACUCAAGUCCGCACCGCAGUGCAAUGCCGGUUACCUGGUCGGCGAGGCGCCUGCUCCACCUUUCGAUUGGCAUAGAUUCCCUGACACUUCGCCAGACCAUGUCGCCGACAUCAUCGCCCACCUGCCCGGCCGACGUGCCGUCGGGCCGGGCGCCCUCCGCCACGACGUGGUCAAAGCAGCGGGCGAGGGCUGCCCUCGGAUGCUUUCUCCACUCUUCGAGGCAUGCCUGCUGCAGCAGAGGGCCCCAGUACACUUGAAGGGUGGAACGAGCUUCGAUAUCCACAAGAAAGGCCCGACCAACAUCAAGGACAAUUAUCGCGGAGUGGUCGCCGAGGCAGACUUCGCGAAAACCUACGCCGACCUCAUCUCCAUGCCGCUUCUGCCAUCCUACCGGGACGUGCUUGUGCCCGAGUCGCAGGCAGGGUGCAUGAAAGGACGUGGUACGGCGUCCGCAGGAGCCGCCACCGCUGGUUGGAUCUCUCGGCAUAACGCCAGUCGGCGCUGCUGGGCCAUCCUUUUCCUGGACCUCAGCAAGGCCUUCGACACGGUCUUCAGGGUGUUGGCCCUGGGUCCGAGGGACGUUUCGCUCACGAAGGUCAUCCCCGCCUUGAUGCAACGAGGCGUGCCGCCUGAUGUGGCCAACGCCGUCCACAAGUACCUCAAAGUCCACGGCCCCAGAGUGCUCGAUGGCGGAAUCGAGCCGGCGGCGGCCCAGCUGAUCGCAGAUUGGCACACUGCUACAUGGUCGCACGUGCGACCCAACGACGGACGCGACGUCACGCCAGUCACUGACGACACGCCGGUUGCCUCGUCGACCAUCGGAGCGCUCCAGGGCGACAAGCUCGGCGCCAUCAUCUUCAAUGCCAUCUACGACAUCAUGCUGGCCGAGGUGCGCGAGAAGCUCAAGGAGCUUGGCGUCUCGUCCCGCAUGGCCGCCCCCACGGACGCCGUGCCCUGGCACACCAACGUCAACCCAGAAAGCGACCUGGAGGAGAUCACCGUUGACCAGUCCACGUACGUCGACGAUUUAGCGGAGCUCUUCGAGGCGGACACGCCGGCACAGCUCAUCGACAGCCUCACGCAGGCCGUCAACGUGUUAUACGAGGUGCUAUCUCGCUACGGCCUCAAGAUCAACUUCGGCCCGGAGAAGACGGCCAUCAUGCUGCGCCUCUUCGGAGUGGGCGCCCGCGCGGCAUACAAUCAGCUUCGAGAUGAAGCAGGCGACCUAGGGCUGGACAUCAACGCCGGGCGCUGCGGCAGCGUGUACCAUUACAAGCACGUUGGGACGACCCUUCAGACCUCUGGGCGAUCGAUGCUCGACGCCCAGGCGAAGGCCACCAAGAUGCAGAAGACCUACGGCCCUAUGGCCCACGCCGUCUUCGGCUCCUGCCACCUCUCGAAGGCGACCCGCGCUACCCUGGCGUGCUCGCUUCUGGACUCGAAGCUCCUCUUUGGCGCAGAGCUGUGGUUGCAGGGCGACCCUGUGGCCUGA